AUGCCAAUGACAUUUGACUUCACCCACAAAUUUCUGUUUGUAUGCCUACAACACAAAAACGGUACUCAUAUCGAUUUCAACGGCGUUGCCAAAGAAUUUGGAGAUAUGACCCAAAACGCGGCCAGUCUUCGUUUUGCGCGCAUUAGAAAGGCAAUGGUUCCGGAGCAUGGUGAUAAUGCAGCAGGACCAGACGGAGGAGCGACGACCACAAAAAUUCCAAGCAAACGUAAGGGAAAUAGUAAUGCCGCAUCUGGAAAACCUGCGCGCAAGCGUAAGGCUCAAGAAAAAGGUAGUGGCAAUGAGGAUGACGAUGUGAACCGUGGAGGCACAAAGCUAAAGGUUGAGGAGUUGGGUGAGGAGGUAGUCCAGAUCGAAGAAGGAGAAGGCGUUUAG